AUGGAUUCUGACACUGAAAAUCGGAGGGAAGAAAAUGGAGAUGCUCCCAGACACACUUUAAUUGGAAAAUGUGUUAUGAAAACCUUAUCUCAUCCUCUGGAUUAUGCUAGAUUUUUGGUGCAGGUUGGCCAUGAACCGAUGGCACCAUAUCGCUACAGAAGUAUUUUUGGUGAAGAAAGAUUGUUUCUGCCAAACUUAGUAGUUUAUGCUAAAUACAUUUAUUCAGUUGAUGGAUUUAAAGGAAUGUAUGUUGGAUUAGCUCCUAAGAUCAUAGGGAUUUGUAUUGAACAUUUUUCGUCAUCACUAAUGUCUGAUUAUAUUCAAAUUGAUAAAAAUCUAAAUGUAGAUAAUACAGAUUCAGAUUUAGAAGUAUGGAAAAAAUGUGCAAUAAAAACAUCAAAAGAAAUGAUAUGUACAGCCACAAGUAUCAUAUUGAGCCAUCCCUUACACAUUGUUUCUAUGAGAAUGAUGGCCCAAUUUGUGGGUUACGAACAUCGUUACACUUUAGUGUUACAAUCAAUUUCACUUAUUACUCGUGAAGAGGGAGUAAAUGGACUCUUCACUGCUAUCAUUCCACGUCUGUUAGCUGGUUUGGGAACUGUAAUUCUUGUUAAUGUAGCAAAACAAGCAUUUUCACGUUAUUUAUUUGAUCCUUCACCCAUGACUUUGAAUAUUGCUGACUUUGCUGCUUCGUACUUAGCUAAUGCAGCUACUUAUUCAUUUAAUGUUGUUACUGCUUGUACAGCAAUUAACAACUGCGGGUUAGCUGCUGGCAUGCCUCCAGAUAUGCCUGUAUUUGGAAAUUGGUUGGAAUGUAUGAAAUAUCUUUACAGAUGUGAUCAGUUGAACCGUGGAUCAUCAACUUGGUUCAGGCGUGUUCCACAAACUCAAUCAAAACUUUUAAAAUUGCUAUGA